AUGCCAGCACCAGCACCCGGCCUCCAGUCCAUCUCGGACUUGACAACUACAUCUCAUAUCACCACUGGCGAUAUUCCCCCGCCAAUGGUUGGUGCCACCAUGACAAUUGUAGACAAUCGAUUGUUUCUAUUUGGUGGCCGGCUGAUCCAAACUCGUCAGAUGACCAAUUCACUCUACAUCCUCAACCUUGAAGAUUUUCAUUGGCAGAAUGUCUCCGAGACUGUUAAUGUGGCUCCUACACGGGCCAUUGGAGAUCCUGGCGCUGAAGAUGAAAACGAACAAGGUCAUCCUCCUACAGAGAGGUACUUCCAUACCGCAAAUCCUUACAAAAAUACAAUAGUUUUCUUUGGAGGAAUGGGUCCGUCCGGAAAAAUUCUGGAGGGUCAGCAACAGGAACAGAUUGUAUUUGACGAUAUCCAUAUCCUGGAUUUGGAACUUCUCCAAUGGCGUCAUGUACGUAUUCCAUCGUCACAGCACGCUCCAAAACCACGUUAUGCACACCUGAGUAGUAUCACUGGCAACAAAUUAAUUAUUAUUGGUGGUCAAGAUAUUCAAAACCAGUACAUCGAGGAGCUCAAUGUGCUCGACCUCGACAGUUUGCAAUGGACUGCCUCAAUGCCAUUUGAGAAGCACUGCGGUUCCUAUCGCUCGAUUGCUGUCAGUCCCAACGGCCAAGGCACAUCUAUACCCAUCAUUGGAAGCGAAGUCAACGACUCAAACUCUGUUAGUAAUCUUUCGCUGGCCGCCACAGGUGUCUCUGAUGGGUUUCCUACUUCAUAUCUUCGAAAAGCCUCCUCCAGCACGUCGUUACAUUAUACUCCUUCACUCCGAAAAAGCUCUUCAAACAUGACCAUCUCAAGAAAAGGCGGCCCGGCAUCGCGACUCUCUGUUGGAUCGAGUGCUACUCUCGGUCUCUCCUCGCCUUCGUCUCUAGAGCAACGCUCUUCCAUCAACAGACUCUCGCACCUCAUGUCGUCAGCACCGGCUAAAGAGGAGCAUCCUAUCUAUGUCUACUCCAACUUCAACUUUUCAGAUGUCAAGCGGGAACUGCAAGUACUGACGCCACCAAUAUUUCAUGUUCAAGACCAUUCACAGUCCAUGUCUGGGAAUCUCCUGCCGCCAGGCUUGCGUUUCCCAACGGGCGCAAUUGCAGGACAGCACUUGGUGCUCUCGGGAACGUACCUCAGUCAGGCACAACAGUCGUUCAGUAUCUGGUCACUCAAUCUUGCAAGUCUUGUCUGGACACGGAUCGACACUGGCACGGUCUUUAGCACUGGAUCCUGGAAUCGUGGUAUCAUGUUAGAGAACACAAACACCUAUCUGGUCUUUGGUAACAAGGACCGCAAUCUUGCGGAUGAUUAUCAGAACCGCCAGACCAAUUUCGAACAUGUUUCGGUCGUCGAUUUGGAAGCCUUUGGUAUCUAUCAGCAUCCACCAACGACUAUGACACAGACAGCUCAGGAGCUCGGUCUCAGUUUGUUGAAUGACCCAUCUAUGGCAGACUUUGAUAUCCUGACACAGGACCAACAACGUAUCCCCAUCAACUCGGCCGUGCUAGCUACCCGCUGGCCUUACUUUGCGACUCUGUUGAGGGAGCAGGAGGAGCGGGAUGUGGAGCAAUGCAAGGCGAACAACUCGGAGUACGACCCAACAUUAUCGCCAAAGAGGACAUUGUCUCUGCCAGAGCCCUAUCCGGUUGUCCUGGCAUUCCUACAGUAUCUUUACACUGAUCAUUUGGUCACAGCCCAACAACAUCAUCCUCAAGUCCUAUCACAAUUACUUCUCUUGGCAGAUAUGUAUGGUUUGGACCGCCUUCGUGAUCUAGCAACCCAUGCACUCCACCAGAUGUUGAAUAUGUCAACAGCCGCUAUGGUCUAUGAGACGGCAGCGCUGUCUCAGCAAACGGGACUUCAGAUUCGCUCACUCAAGGUGAUGAUCGCAGCCAAGAAGAUGCUCCAGCAACAACAAAUGAAGCUCCAGCACCAACAGGCUUUGAACCAUAGCACCCACUCCCCAGGCAAUAGUUGGGCUACUACCACUGAGAUCCUUCACCAGCAGCAACAGCAACAACAACAGCAACAACAAUAUUCUAGUACUAUUAUAAACGGAGGCCAUGACGGCGUAUCGCCUCAGUAUGGCAAUAGUAAUUAUGGCAGCAAUCCCUCACCUUAUCUGCAACAGCAGCAGGAGAUACACGCGCACUUUCAGCCUAUUUCACGUCCUCCACUCUCACCCGGGUCCAUUAAUGGGCCGCCAUCACCAGACUACAACCGGGUAUCCUUCCAGAGUUCAGCUUUACCCCAUCCGACGAACCGGAGUCGAGGUUCGGCACUUGGAUCCAGUUCAGGACCGAAUAGAUCAAGCUCUGGGGGUCUUGGAACCAUGUCAUCAUCGCGUUGGAAUACAGAGCCAUUAACGCCACCGCCUGCGACGCCUUUGCCUUCAGCAGCGGCGGCGGCAGUGGCAGCGGCAGCAGCAGCAGUCCCUCAGACGCCACCAGCGACCAAGACAUCAUUCUUUUCCUUCCCUGGGUAUAAAAACAAGCAGGCAUCGCAAGCAGUGAAUAUACCAAGCUCUGAAACGAGUACAUGGACUUCGUCCAAGAAGGGGGGUUCAACAACGAUGUCGACUACCACAGGCGCAUCUGAUGGAGCAAGUGUGAAAAGCAACAGGAGUACUGUGAGCACAGGAUCGGAUCCUGACAAGAAGAAGACUGAUGAUGCGAUGAUGCAAAAGUUGCUCGAUUCGAGCUUUGGCAUGGCUGUAGGAGGUCCUGGUGGCGUGGGCAUGAUGAGCUUUCGAUAA